GCCCGCCCGCCUUCCCCUCCAGGUACAGCAUGGGGAGCGACCCUGCCGGGUGGCUGGCCAUCAACCCCGAAAACGGCAUCAUCACGGCAAUCCUCCCUCUGGACAGGGAGGGCAGCUUGGUCUCCAACAGCACCUACAAGGCCAUUGUCCUGGCGGUGGACUCCGGGCAGCCCUCGGCCACGGGCACGGGGACCCUGCUCUUGACGCUGGAGGACGUGAAUGACAACGGGCCGGUGCCAGAGCCGCGGGAGUUUGAAAUCUGCGGUCGGAACCCGGUGGCCCAGCAGUUGGCGAUCGUGGACCCGGACCUGCCCCCGAACACCUCUCCCUUCCAGGCCGACCUGGUGCACGGCUCCGGCUCCAACUGGACAGCAACUGUGAACCAAGGGGGUAAGUGGCUGGGCCCUGGGCCCCUUCCUGGCUUGUCCUGCUGCAAAGCGGGGCCGGGCCCCUGCAGCGCAGAGCAGCCAGCU